AUGGAAUCAGCUGACUAUCAUUGCUUUCCAUUCAGGAAUACAAGCUGUUCUCUAAACUUUCAUUUUAAUUAUUUCAAUGUCUUGUUGUUCUUGUAUAUAUCUGUAAUCUGUAUGCUCACGGUGUGUGGAAAUCUACUUGUCAUUGUGUCUAUUGCUGUUUUCAAACAGCUUCACACCCCCACCAACCUCAUCGUUCUUUCCCUGGCCGUGUCUGACUUCCUGGUGGGAAUGUGUGUGAUGCCAGUUGAAAGCAUUAGAAGCAUUAACUCUUGUUUUUAUAUGGGCAAGUCCCAAUGUCUUAUCUUUAAUGUCAUCGUGUCCAUUAUUGGGUCUGUGUCACUCAUGAAUAUUGUGUUUGUAGCUAUUGAUCGAUAUUUUGCUGUGUGUAAUCCACUCCAGUAUAUGUCAAAAAUGACCAUUAGAAAAACACUCAGCUAUAUAGGUUUUGGGUGGACUAUGUCCAUCUUAUAUAAUCUAGUAAUAAUAGGCUUUGACUAUUCAAACCAGCCAGGAACAACUUUGAUUUGUAUGAGGGAGUGUGCAGUGCCUGUGAGCAACUCACGGGGUCCAAUUGAUUUGAUAGUCAGCUUUUUAGCUCCAUGUAUAGUGAUGGUAAUUCUGUACAUAAAAAUCCUCAAAGUGGCCUUGAGACAAGCUAAAGCAAUUUCCAAUUCUACAAAGAAAGGAGCAUCUCAGAUAAAUCAAAAGUCAUCCAGGAAAUCAGAAAUGAAAGCAACAAAAACACUGGGCACUAUUGUGUUCGUUUAUUUAAUUUGCUGGAUUCCCUGGUAUAUAAUGACAAUUAAUAUACAACAUUUUCAAAAUUCUUAUGAAACUUUCUCUGCUUUACUGUGCUUAUUUUACACUAAUUCAUGCAUCAACCCUUUUAUAUAUGCAGUAUCAUACCCAUGGUUCAAAAAGUCAGCAAAGCUUGUGCUUACACUAAAAAUAUUUCAGGCAGCAAGUAAGCAAUUUAACUUAUUUCCUGAAGACUGA